CUUCAGCAUGUCUGUGCGUCCUCUGUGGGCUGCCAGCAGCUGGGAAGUCCACACUGGCCUGCAGAAUCACUAGCACCGCUACGGAGCUCGGAUGGAGAGCCGCUGUGGUUCAGUAUGAUGAGCUGAUCCCCGAUCAGGCUUUUCAUACCAAGGCUGAACUGGAAGAUAUGCACACUAACUGGAAGUUCCACAGACAAGCAGUGUUGCAGUGCAUUGAUGGGCUUGUGGAGAAGCGUGAAAUGUUGGAUCUCCCAAGUUGCUCUCUGAUCAACGUUGCUCCAUGGGAUCAGUCUACGCAAGCCCUCCUGCAGUCAGAAGGCUUGAAAUCUGAUAAUAGGCCUCUUCUCUUUCUACUAGAUGACAACUUCUACUAUCCAAGUAUGAGAUAUGAAGUCUACCAAUUAGCAAGAAAACGAUCACUGGGGUUCUGCCAGGUGUAUCUACAGUGUGACCUGGAGUCCUGCAUCAGUAGAAACCAAGGCAGGUCUCGACCCGUUCCCACUAGCGUACUGCUUGAGAUGGACAAGCGUUUGCAGCCUCCAGAUCCUCAUAAGAACUUGUGGGAAACACAAACCCUCACACUCAACACAGCUGGCGAUGUCUCCCAAAGUGACGUCCAGAAAGUGAUUGAGCUGAUCUCUUCUGCCAUAAAUAAUCCUCUGAGUCCAAUUGAGGACAACGCUGAACAAAAGGAAGUGGAUCGUCUAAAAUGUGCCACUAGUGUGGUCCAUCAGGCGGACCAGGCCUGUCGACGCCUCAUAUCUGAAGCCAUGAUGACAGCCAGAGAUGAUCACGUCCCUUCUGAACUCUUGCGAUCGUUGGCGGCCCAGCUGAAUGAAGCUAAAACUACAUUUCUUCACGAUCUGCGGAAAAAUGUUCUUCAAGAAGUUCUGUUCAUUCAAAAUGAGGACAUCGACGUGGACCGCAUGGUGAAAAGGGCAGUAGAAAGCGUUUUUGACCAGAACAAAAUAAAAAUCCUGGCAACGUUUUUAAAUAAUUAAAAUUUUCUAAAACAUUUCAAAUAUUACAUCCAAGAUAGGAUAUGAUGCCGUUUAUGUAAUGCCAUGUAAAUAAAAUGUUUUUCCAUG